ACUAGUUGAUGAAGGGACCUAAGUGUCUUAGAGUGGAGAAUGAUGAUAGUGAGGGAAAGAUGAGCUGAUGGGGAAUGGAAUCUAGGAUCUUGUAUGUGUGAAUAAGCCAAACCACACGUAAUGCUAAACAAUAGCAUCAACUCUAAUGUUAAAAUGUAGAUGCUCGGAACUGAUGUAAACAGAAGUAACUGACAUGUUUUGUCCAUAAUGCAGAUAUUUUCACUGUCUACUUGCAAUGCCCAGUAUCCUAUGGAAUAAUACUAGGCAUGCAUUUGAACAUGUCACAUUUGGUUCUAAAUAUUGGCUUCAUUGAAAUGGGUGAAUUGCUCGUUUGUGCCAAGCAGUGUAGUGUUCUGCUCUUUAGCAGGGCCUUUUCCCUACACAUAUCCCCACCCACUCACAGAUGCACACACCACACAUACCAUGCUCACACACUCACAUAUGAACACACUACACACAUGUAUGCACAACACUCACACUCACAAGGAACCUCUUUUUUUAACACGGUCUCGGUUGUAUAAAAAUAAAGGAGGUGGCUAAAAUCAUAUCUUUAUCCUGUUUCAGCUUUUUUACUCUCCUCUUCUAGGAUCCUACAGUAAGAUAAGAUCUGGGAGUUGAAAACGUUCUUAUCCUCUUAUCAUAGACAUCUGAGGCAAUAGUGUUUUGCCUCCUCUUUGAAUACCUUGUGAAGUGGAGUCUGAUUAUUUACAUGAAACAAAAUGCUCUGGUUCAUGUUCUGAUUCAAAAGUAAUUGGUUAUUUUCUUAGGUCAUUUUCGUUUGUCUCAUUCUUGCCUGUUUCAGUUUCUCAAAGGAUAUUUUUAAAAGGAUGAUUGUCAGCUAACUUAACACUAUAGUAAUUAAUGUAUAAUAUCCAUAAUGCAUUUAACUGAAACAAUAGAUGUGGGUCAAGACAAACUUACUGUCUGCGAGAUUAAUAUUUUUAAUUUCCAACAAGCUAUUGCAAAAGCCACUGCCAUUGGAAUUGUAUAUUUAAAUAGUCUCUUGACCCAUGAUUCAAAGCUGUGGCUAUCACAAGAAAAUCUUUCACCUGUUAGAGAAGGCAAAAGUAGCUGACUUUUAUCAUGCUUGACAGGAGUUAAUAUUUGAUGCUCAUGUAUUUCUUUCUCCUCAACCAAGGUGUGACAAACUGAAGUUUCAGCACAGACCAACACAAAAAUUGUUUUUUUUUUUCUCCCUUUGGAUGUUUACUCAUCUUCUAGGCCUAUUACUCAUAUCUCCAUCUUUGAGCACUAAGAAGGAAAACUGUCUCUACUGUUCCUAUUGUUUUUGCUUCAACAUAAGGGGAGUUUAUUCCUUCUUGAUGCUUCAGGGACUGUAAAUUUUGACUAUUCUAGAACCAAAAGAUUCAGAUACAUUUGUAGUAUUGGUGGCCAAAACGUUUGACAGAUAUAAGUUUCUUCAGUAAUCCUGUCACUAAUAUGAGAAGAAAUACACCAUAAUCUAAUAAAGAACAAUUCAUCCCUCAGUAUCCCUGAACAUAUAAAAGGGACACCCAUUCACAUUACUCAAAAAAGCAUGAGAAUUCAUUCCAGUUAUUCAAGGAAUGUUUGAUACUGCUGUGUCGUCUGAGUUCAGAAAUUUCUUUACCAUCUAUAGUUUUUUCUUGUUUUGUUUUGUUGUUUUUUGAGACGAAGUCUUACUCUUGUCCCCCAGGCUGGAGUGCAAUGGCACGAUCUCAGCUCACUGCAACCUCUGCCUCUCAAGUUCAAGCGAUUCUCCUUCCUCAGCCUCCUGAGUAGCUGGAAUUUUACAGGCACCGGCCACCAUGCCCGACUAAUCUUUGUAUUUUAAUAGAGAUGAGGUUUCACCAUGUUGGCCAGGCUGGUCUAUGAAGUCCUGACCUCAGGUCAUCUGCCUGCCUCGGCCACCCAAAGUGCUAGGAUCACGGGUGUGAGCCACUGCACCCGACUGUAGUUAUUUUUACUUAUGAACAAUGAAGGAUCAGUAAAAUGGUAGAGAAAUAAACUUGAGGAAAAAACCCAACUAGCAGUGGAUUACUAGGAUGAUAUAAUAUUAGGACAGGUUCAGGAUGCCACUCUGUCAGAGAAACUCUAACAUUUUGGCUAAACAAUAUUUUAAGAAGAUUAGAUCAUGAUUGAAUUCUAUGAUGCAGCAUCUAGUCAUAAAAUUUUUAGCAGAAUACAUUGUCAACCAGGAAGACCACCAUGAUAAUGAAACUAAAGCCCUGCUCUGAAGCAGUUUGUGGUGGUUGUCCUGCCAGAUUUAUGAUCCCCGAAUUAUUCUGUGAGAACAAAUAGACACAAGUUCUCACAGCAGUCCAUGCCUAAAACAUGAACUCUUUUUGCAGGACAAAAGUCUAACCACAAGACAGUGUGGCUCCUGACCCCAAAUGAGGUCAUCUGUACUGCUUUGAUGUUCCAGACUUUCAUAAAGCUGUUCAGUAACAACAGCCAAAAAAGUCAGUUAUCUAGAUGUUUUCUAUCAAUCUCUUAAGUCACAAAUAGAUGUCUGUGGAUGACUUUAUGACAAUCAUCUCAAUGGAGAUGCAGAGAGCAAUUUAAAUUCAAACCAUGUAUUGCAAGGCGAAAUGGGAAAUCAGGCACAGUAACCACCCUCAGAAAACUUUCAAUCUAAAAGUGAUAAGAUUAUGAAAUGUAUUCAGAAGAUAGUUCAAAGUAAAAAUCAGAUUCUAAACCAGGUACUGUAUGAAUUACAUUUACAUCUCACAUCCAGCCUGUAGAGUACAGAACUAUGAUGACCUUUCACAGAUGAUGAAAUUGAGUUAUUUGAGAGAUUAAUUUUCUGUCCAAUAUCAUACAGAUCAUUAAUACUGAAACCCAGGAUUUCAAAUGAUCCUGAAGUAGGUGAUCUUUUCUUGAUCUCACUCUGCUUCUGACAUACUAUUCCUGGUGGGCUCUUCCUACAUAUCAGGUCGUUAAAUAAGCUGCCAGAUUUCUGCCUUUACAGCCCAAGGAGCUUGUCAUGGACCAUGGGCAUGGAGGGUCUUCUCCAGAACUCCACUAACUUCGUCCUCACAGGCCUCAUCACCCAUCCUGCCUUCCCCGGGCUUCUCUUUGCAAUAGUCUUCUCCAUCUUUGUGGUGGCUAUAACAGCCAACGUGGUCAUGAUUCUGCUCAUCCACAUGGACUCCCGCCUCCACACACCCAUGUACUUCUUGCUCAGCCAGCUCUCCAUCAUGGAUACCAUCUACAUCUGUAUCACUGUCCCCAAGAUGCUCCAGGACCUCCUGUCCAAGGACAAGACCAUUUCCUUCCUGGGCUGUGCAGUUCAAAUCUUCCUCUACCUGACCCUGAUUGGAGGGGAAUUCUUCCUGCUGGGUCUCAUGGCCUAUGACCGCUAUGUGGCUGUGUGCAACCCUCUACGGUACCCUCUCCUCAUGAACCGCAGGGUUUGCUUAUUCAUGGUGGUCGGCUCCUGGGUUGGUGGUUCCUUGGAUGGGUUCAUGCUGACUCCUGUCACUAUGAGUUUCCCCUUCUGUAGAUCCCGAGAGAUCAAUCACUUUUUCUGUGAGAUCCCAGCCGUGCUGAAGUUGUCUUGCACAGACACGUCACUCUAUGAGACCCUGAUGUAUGCCUGCUGUGUGCUGAUGCUGCUUAUCCCUCUAUCUGUCAUCUCUGUGUCCUACACGCACAUCCUCCUGACUGUCCACAGGAUGAACUCUGUUGAGGGCCGGCGCAAAGCCUUUGCUACGUGUUCCUCCCACAUUAUGGUGGUGAGCGUUUUCUACGGGGCAGCCUUCUACACCAACGUGCUGCCCCACUCCUACCACACUCCAGAGAAAGAUAAAGUGGUGUCUGCCUUCUACACCAUCCUCACACCCAUGCUCAACCCACUCAUCUACAGCUUGAGGAAUAAAGAUGUGGCUGCAGCUCUGAGGAAAGUACUAGGGAGAUGUGGCUCCUCCCAGAGCAUCAGGGUGGUGACUGAUCAGGAAGGACUAGCAGGGACUCCCAGAGUAUCAGCGUGGUGACUAUGAUCAGGAAGGACUAGUGGGGACUCCCAGAGCAUCAGGGUGGCAACUGUGGUCAGGGAAGACUAGCGGGG